GCCACGCCGCCCGCCAUACUCCAACAGAUUGAAGGAAGAAAACCACAGAAGAAUUUCAUGACAUUUUGAUGAGGGAAAGAAGGAGACCCACCUCCCUUUCUCUCUGUAAAGGAUUUUUUUUUUCUCUAACCUCCUUUCUUGGGAUCACUUCAGGAAAUCCCACUCUAGAGGAAUCUCUCUCUCUUUCUCUCUCUCUCUCUGAAAGGUAAAUCCCUCCAUAAUCCAAGAUCAUAUACCCCAAUUUCUGUAUUGUGGGUACUUCUUCAGUUUCUCCAUUGAAAAUGAGCUCUGCCGCCUCCUACGGUUGCGUUUAUUUCGACCGUCGAUGCUUUCGGAAGGAUGAUGUGAAAAGUUCCAAGGGUAGGAAGCUGUAUGUUUGUAAUUCAGUGGCCUCAACACCGCAGGGCUUGCAGUUUGCAAACACCAAAGUGCAGAUUCCUGAAAAGACUGUUCGAAUUGGUGUUCUUGGAGCCAGUGGUUACACUGGUUCAGAGAUUGUUCGACUUCUUGCUAAUCAUCCUUACUUUGGCAUUACUUUAAUGACUGCUGAUAGAAAAGCUGGCCAAUCAAUUGGAUCAGUAUUUCCUCAUUUGGCAACACAACAUUUGCCAGAUCUGAUAGCUAUCAAGGAUGCAAACUUUUCCAAUGUGGAUGCUGUGUUUUGUUGUUUGCCUCAUGGUACCACACAGGAAAUUAUCAAAGCUCUUCCUAAAGGGUUAAAGAUUGUCGAUCUAUCUGCAGACUUUCGGCUACAAGAUAUUAAGGAAUAUGAAAAAUGGUAUGGACAACCUCAUAGAGCAACAGAUUUGCAGAGAGAAGCUGUCUAUGGUUUGACUGAGAUUUAUAGAAGAGAAAUCCAAGAUGCUAAUCUAGUUGCAAAUCCUGGCUGUUAUCCGACAUCUAUUCAGCUUCCUCUUGUUCCCUUGAUAAAGGCUAACCUCAUUAAGAGUAAAAAUAUUAUUAUUGACGCAAAAUCUGGUGUGAGCGGAGCAGGGCGUGGUGCCAAGGAGGCAAAUUUGUACACUGAAAUAGCUGAAGGGAUUCAUUCUUAUGGUAUUACUGGGCAUCGCCAUGUGCCGGAAAUUGAACAGGGAUUAUCUGAGGCUGCAAAUUCAGAAGUGACUGUCAGUUUCACUCCUCACUUGAUGCCAAUGAGCCGUGGUAUGCAAUCAACUAUAUACGUGGAAUUGGCCCCAGGAGUGUCAGUCGAGGAUUUGUACCAACAUCUGAGGAUCUUUUAUGAGAAUGAAGAGUUUGUAGUUUUGCAAAAGGAAAAAGAAGUUCCUCAUACUCGACAUGUUCGCGGAUCCAAUUACUGCUUUAUGAAUGUCUUUCCUGACCGAAUUCCUGGAAGAGCAAUAAUAAUUUCUGUCAUUGAUAAUCUUGUGAAGGGAGCUUCUGGUCAAGCUUUACAGAAUCUUAACUUGAUGAUGGGAAUUCCGGAGAGCACAGGGCUUAACUACAUGGCUUUGUUUCCUUGAGCAUAUUUUUCCAUUGUGACGUGUAAUCAUGUAAUGAUAGCCCGGGAUUUCUGCUUGCAAAAUAAGAGCCUUAGAUGGUGUUUAGUCAUGACAUAAGAUAUAAUGUAAUUCUCUCAAAAGAAAAAUAACUUGGAGAUAGAGAUUUUGUAAUAAAUAGGCUUGGUGGUUGGUCUGCUUUUUAGGCUUGAGUUCUUAUUAUACAUGAGUAGCACACAGUGGGAAUGCAAGCAGUAAUGGUUUGGUCUCUGUUACUUCUGUUUAAUUGACUUUUAUGUUGUCAUCAAGUUUUUAAUUUGUUUUCCUCUUCAUGAGAUGCUUUAGAUAUUAUUGGAAGUAGCAAUUUGCUUUGAUAAUGGCAAUCCUUUUCCCUUUCUUUAUGCU